AUGGGGGAUCUCUUCGAAAACCAGUACGCCAGAGAGAUUGACCCAGCUAAGCUCAAGGUCACCCCUGAAGGAAUGUCGCAUUAUAUUCCGCAUCAUUCCGUCUACCACCCACAAAAGAAAAGCAUUCGAGUCGUUUUCAAUUGUGCCAACCAGGUUGCAGGCCAAUCUGUGAAUGAUCAUCUAUUAGUUGGACCAGAUCUCACAAAUCAACUCGUUGGAGUUCUCCUCAGAUUUCGGAUGGAACCGAUUGCGUUCAUGGCUGACAUACGCAAAAUGUUCUAUCAAGUGCGGGUUCCGGAAGCUGAUAUGAAUUACCUUCGUUUCUGGUGGCACAAAUCGAAUGACGAGAACGAGGAUCUGGUGGAAUAUGAGAUGACCAGACAUUUGUUUGGAGGGCGAAGCUCCCCUGGAUGCGCUAACUACGCAUUGAAACGUACUGGAUUGGACCACGGUCAACAUUUCUCGGAUAUCGCAAGACAAACAUUGAACGACAAUUUUUAUGUCGACGAUUGUCUAAAAAGUGUUGAUUCUGUCACCGAGGCCGUGACGAUAGCCAAGGAGAUGGUUGGUCUUUGUCGAAAGGGGGGAUUUGAACUAACAAAGUUUGUAUCGAAUUCGGUGGCUUUCCUGAGUCAAAUCCCAAAAGAAAAUCGCGAUCCCUCCUUGAAAAGUCUUCCAUUGGACUCCUCCAGUCUACCCACCGAGAGAGCGCUUGGAGUCCUCUGGGACAUUGAGUCGGACACACUUGGAUUUAGAAUCGAAGCGGCCACCGAAGUCAUCACAAAGAGGUCAAUCCUAUCAACAAUUUCGAGCGUUUAUGACCCAGUGGGGGCGGCAUCCGCAUUUCUGCUCCCCGGUCGAAUGAUAAUGCAGGAUAUCUGUGCAUCGAAAGUUGGUUGGGAUCAAUCAAUUCCCAUGGAAUACGAAGUGAGGUGGAAGCAAUGGUUGAGGGAUUUGUCGGCUUUGACCGAUAUCAGCAUCCCAAGAUCCAUCAAGCCUGCAAGCUUUGGCAGAAUUGUGUCCAAAGAGCUCCACUGUUUCGCCGAUGGAUCGACUGUGGCGUAUGGAGCCGUUGUUUAUCUUCGGGUGGAAGACGAGUUCGGGAACAUCAACGUUAGCUUUGUGGCGGGAAAAGCUCGAGUGGCUCCGCGCCGUCCAACUACAAUCCCGCGGUUAGAGUUGGUCGGAGCUUUGUUGGCGGCAACUCUUGGUUGUCAAGUUGGGCGGCAUCUGAGGCUGAACGGACAACAGCAUUACUUUUGGACGGACAGCAUGGUGGUGAUUGGUUACCUCCAAAACGACGAAAAGAGGUUCCACAUGUUUGUCGCCAACCGGGUUCUUAAAAUACGUGAACUAACGGGGAGGGGGCGAUGGAGAUACGUAGAAUCCUCCCAAAAUCCGGCUGAUGAUGCGUCUCGGGGUCUUGACUGUCAAGCAAUGAAUCAAGAACAUCGUUGGUUCAAAGGCCCAAACUUUCUGUGGAACAACAAAUGUCGGUGGCGAGAUGGUGAUGAUACUGUUGUUUGUGUCCAAGAAGACGAUCCUGAAGUUAAACAAACCAAAAUCGUUCGUGGUGCCCUGGUGAAGGAUGAGGAUUUCCUUCAGACAAUGAUCGAUCGAUACUCUUCUUGGAGCCGACUCAAAGGAGCUAUUGCUACGUGGAUGCAGUUUAUUGACUACCGAACUUCCAGGAUGGAACUGGACCGAUCAAAUAAGGUGGAAACCCUUGAGAAGGCUGCGCGAUGCUUAAUCAAAUCUGAACAGAAGCGAGUUUUUAGCCACUUAAAGACCGUUGGAACCCAAAGGCCUAGUAUCAAGAAACGGAUGCUUGCAAAAGUCAACAGUCCCCUUGCCAAACUUGAUCCUUUCGUCGAUAAAGAAGGAGUUUUACGUGUCGGUGGUCGACUCAAUCGUUUGGUUAAUGAAGACGUUAAUCCUAUUAUUCUUCCAAAAGGGAGCAAGCUUACUGAUCUAAUUGUUAGAAGCCAUCAUUGUCAAGUCGGUCAUGGUGGCCGAGGAAUGACCAUUAACGCCAUCAGACAGGCGGGAUACUGGAUAAUGGGCAUCAAUUCACUUGUCAGGAGCCAUCUUAACCAAUGUCUGCGAUGCAAGAUACUGCGUGGACGGUGUGAACAACCCAAAAUGGCGGAUCUGCCUAUUGAUCGGUUAAGGGCAGCCCCGCCCUUUUCGUUCGUCGGUGUGGACUUUUUUGGACCCUUCGUGAUCAAGAAUAAGCGAAAGGAAGAAAAACGAUAUGGGGCCAUAUUCUCGUGCUUAUCGUCCAGAGCUGUUCACAUCGAGGUUGCGCAAUCCAUGGAUACCUCAUCUUACCUGGCGGCAUUACGCCGCAUGAUAUCGCGCCGGGGCCCAAUCAGAUUGUUACGGUCAGACAACGGCCUUAACUUCGUAGGAGCCGAGAGGGAGAUGGGUGAAGCGCUUCGAGAAAUGGACCAUGCUCAAAUAUCGAAAUUUCUUAGCCGGCAAGGGGCUGACUAUGAAGGAUGGAAGAGGAACCCCCCAUAUGCUUCCAACUUUGGAGGCGUUUGGGAACGUCAGAUUCGUUCGAUUCGAGCCAUCUUGGCCGCCCUAAUGAUUGAGCACGGUCACGUGCUAAAUGACGAAAGUUUCAGUACUUUAAUGUGCGAAAUUGAAGCUAUUAUCAAUUCCCGUCCCCUCACUGUCGAUUCGUUGAGUGAUCCUUCCAGUCCCAUGCCGCUAUCGCCCUCAAUGCUCCUAACUCAAAAGACAAGAGUGGUCCUCCCUCCACCGGGAAAGUUUGAGAAACCGGACUUGUACUGCCGGAAGCAGUGGAGAAGGACACAAUUUCUUGUUGAACAAUUUUGGUCAAGAUAUCGUCGCGAGUAUUUGGAUUCCCUGCAACCCCGGCCCAAGUGGAAUGCUCGAAGACCGAACUUGGCGGUAAACGACGUCGUGUUGUUAAAGGAAGACAACUUGGUGCGAAAUUGGUGGAGGUUGGCACGAGUAUGCGAAGUUUUUCCGGAUGAAGACGGAGUCGUCCGAAGUGUUAUGAUUUGUGUGGGCGAUCGAGAUACCAAGAAUCUUAAAAGGUGCAAAGCCUCAACGUACCAUAGACCUGUCAAUAAACUUGUACUGCUGGAAAGAGCGAGAAGACCGGACGAGCCCGACGGGGAAGCCAAGCAAGAUUUGUAA